AAAGAGUGACUUGCAGAAGAUUACCUUCAUUACAUGAAGUGAUUCAAGAACCCAAGAUACAUCUACUGUGUGAAAGUCAACAGAGGAAUCCAGACUCGCUCUCAGAUUCAACUGAAAACACAGAGAAGGGUCCAACAGGAAACAGCAGACCAGAGCAAACAUCUGAUGAUUCUGAAACAAGUCAUCCAAGAAAGGAGAGUAAAUGGCUUGGAGAAAAGGAGGGGAAAGGAGAUGUGAACCUGACAAGAGUAAAGAUGUGAUUAUGAGAAGACCGGAGUUAUAUUCUGAUGAUGUGACAUCAAGCAACAUGGUAGAAGCAAAAGCAGAAGCAGCAGCAGGAGAAGAAAGGGCAACGCUACUAUCACUGCUGCCAAAAAUAACAUGGAAACCAGCACCACUAACAGUAACCGCAACAAUAGUUACAAUAGUUACAAUAGUGCUGACAGUUGCAGCAGUUGCAAUAAUAGUACAUGUGGCAACAACAACAGCAGUAGUGGUAAUAGCAGCAGGAGCAGCAGCGGGAGCAGCAGCGGGAGCAGGAGCAGGAGCAGGAGUAGACUUUUUACAACCAUUUUGGGGAGCGAGACCAGGAGCAGUAGCAAUAGCAGUAGCAGCCGGAGCAGGAGCAGGAGUGGGAGCUGUAGCAGGCAUAGCAGCAGCAAUAUUGGGAUUUUUGGUGGAAGCACAAACACAGAAAGGAUCAGCAGGAGCUGGAGCAAUAGCAGGAGCAGCAGUAGUAGUAGUCGCAAAAGCACAAAUGCAAGCAGCUGUAGCCCUAGUAAAAAGUUUUUUGCUACAGUGGUUAUUUACAGUAGCAAAAAAGUCAUUACCAGCAGCAGCAAAAACAAUUAUAGCAGCAGUAUUAAAAGGAGCAUUACAUGCAAUAUCAGCAGUAUCACGUGCAGUAGGAGCAGCUGUAUCACGUGCAGUAGGAGCAUCAGUAUAUAGUGCAGUAGGAGCAGCUUUAUUAGGUGUAGUAGGAGCAGCAGUAUCAGGAGCAGCAGUACUAGUAGGAGCUUCUGUAAUAUUACUGGGAGCAUUAGGACAUUUUUUGGGAUCACAACGGCGAAGACCAUCACAGACAAAAGCAGCAAGAAUGUCGGAUGAAUCUCAUCAAACAGAAAGACCACUGACUGAGAAAGAGGCAACAGAAAAAGAGCAAUCGACUCUAAUAUCAGAUUCAACUGAAAACACAGUGAAGGGUGCGACAGGAAACAGCAUCACUGAGAAAACAAAUGAUUCAGUAAAGGGAGAAAACAUGAACUUUGGGACAACAGGAGUCAGUCCAGGUCAAGAAUUACAACAGGAAAAGACUAGAAGAGAAAAUAGAGAGCAUCUGUUUCAGAGACUUCAUCUGGAGGGCAAACUGCAAAACAAACUGGAAAGAAAAGAUGUUCUUCAGAUAACUGCAGAUUCAUUACAGUCUCAAGAGUCUUGUGCUGAAGAGGAACUGUUUCAGACAUUCCUACAAAAACUACUGUUGAUGGACUACAGAGCAAGAUACAUUAAAACUAAAGAGACCAAAAAACAAGAACACACACAACACAAAGACAAUGACUCGUCUGAGGAUGAAGAUGAUUUUUUCAAUACAACGUCUUUGUUUUAUGAAGGAACAAGCAGAUCAGAUCCUGUUCACCCAAUGGAUGUUCAGAUGGCCGUGUUUCAUUGUGCUGAUAGUUUCCUGAAGCAGCUGAUGGUGACUAAACUGUCUCAGUGUCAGUAUGCUCUGCCUCUGCUUGUACCUGAUCCAUUCACACAACACAUUGAGUUUCCUCUCUGGACAUUCAGACAAAUCAACAAGAGCUGGAAGACAUUUGAUGAUGAAGGUAAAAUCAUCAGUAAAGUCCAGUCAGUCUGUAAGGCAGAAACUCCAAUGGUGUGUUUCUUAAGGUUUGGCUCAGUGUCCUCAUCCAAGUCUCAGCUGAUGAACAGUCUGAUCAAUGAGAAACACAACACGUUCUUCCACAGGAACUGCCCAGGCAGCAGCAGAACCAGAGUACUGAUGGAUGGAGUGGUGGAGAUCGCCUGGUACUGCCCGUCUGGAAAAAACACGGAUACAUUUACUGAGUGUGUUGCGUUCUGUAAUCUACAUGGAGAUGCAGGAGACCAUGAGAAACAGCUGCAGAUCCUCACUGAAAUGUCCUCAGUCAAUGUUGUUAUUCUACCACAACUAAACAGGGAUGACAAAAACAUGACAAAAGUUGAAAAACUCAUCAAGGACUCAAAGCCACUCAUUUGCCUUUUUACUGAGGAUAAAUUUGCUGUAAUUAAGAAAAAUAAAACAAAAAAAUACAAAAUUGGUUUGAAAGACAGAAAUCAGUCAGAUGUGUCUGAAGAACUCAGAAGAGCUAUAAAUGAUUGUCUCUUAAUCUCAUCUUCAGGAUCAUCUUCCAUUUUCAGACUUGAAGAUGUGUCCAAACACUCAUAUAUCAGAGUAGAUGAAGAUGUUGAUGAAGACUGCAGGAGAGGAAAAGAAGCAGCAGAGCAGAUGAUGAGAUUACUGGAGAAUAAAGAUCUGACAAAAAUCAAAGAAUCAUUUCUGCCCUGUCAGGGAAAACUGUGGCAUCAGUGGUGUCAGAAGAACAAAGAACUACAUCGACCUCAAGGAAAUAAUUUAGAAACGGAAAAAUGUGAAAAACAACAAGAGAUGAAGGAAAUCCGUGAACAGCAGAAUAAAUCUGUGCUUAGUGAAUUCAUGAAGUACUUUAUUAAUGAAAUGAAUGAAAAAUAUGCCACCAAUAAUAAAACUGUUUUCCUGAAAUGGCUUGGGAUCCUCAUGGAUGAACACACCUCAACUGAACUUUCUGAUCUACAUCACAAAUAUGAUGAUAAGUGGUCAACAGUCUUACACCUGAAAGAGAAAAAUAAGUCUGAGCAACUCAAAACCAAACAAAGAGAACAACUUAAAAAUGAUCAAAGAGAACUUGAGAAAAUAUCUGAGGAACUUCAGGCUGCAAACUUUGGUGUGGAGCACAUCCUGAGAGAGAUCGGUCAGAUCUAUGAAUCAUGUUCAUCUGUGAAGAAGAACAAGGAAGGUCUGCAGUUUGACUUCUCUUCUCUCCCGAGUCUUGCAGCAGAGAUGAUGAUCUCUGGAUUUCCUCUGGAGCUGAUGGAUGGAGAUGCUGCUCAUGUUCCUCUGAUCUGGAUCUCUGCUGUUCUAGAUGAACUCAUCAGGAAACUGGGAGACCAGAGAGUGUUUGUGCUGUCAGUUUUAGGGAUUCAGAGCUCUGGGAAAUCCACCAUGUUGAAUGCCAUGUUUGGACUGCAGUUUGCCGUCAGUGCUGGCAGGUGCACCAGAGGAGCUUUCAUGCAGCUGGUCAGAGUGUCAGAGGAGAUGAAAGCACAGCUGAAGUUUGACUAUAUUCUGGUGGUUGAUACUGAAGGACUUCGUGCUCUAGAACUUGCAGGAAGAUCAACGAGACUUCAUGACAAUGAACUGGCCACAUUUGUUGUGGGUCUUGGGCAACUGACAUUGAUCAACAUCUUUGGAGAAAACCCAUCUGAGAUGCAGGACACUCUUCAGAUUGUUGUUCAGGCCUUCCUGAGGAUGAAGAAGGUAAAUCUGAAUCCCAGCUGCAUGUUUGUGCAUCAGAAUGUUUCAGACAUCACAGCUGGAGAGAAAAACAUGGAGGGAAGGAGACGACUGUUGGAGAAACUGGAUGAAAUGACAAAACUUGCUGCUAAAGAUGAAGUCUGUGAUGCAGAAAGUUUCAGUGAUGUCAUUGAAUUUGAUGUUCAGAAUGAUGUGAAGUAUUUUGCACAACUCUGGGAGGGCAGCCCACCCAUGGCACCACCAAACCCAAACUACUGUGAAAAUAUUCAAAAUCUAAAGAAAACAAUUCUUAAACAUGCCUCAACAUCAGAUGGCAUGAUGUUGACACACCUGAAAGAUCGUAUUCGAGAUCUCUGGGAGGCUUUACAGAAUGAACGAUUUGUGUUUAGCUUCAGAAAUUCUCUGGAGAUUUCAACAUACAGGAAACUGGAGACAGAAUACAGCAAUUGGACCUGGAGUCUCCGGAGUACCAUGCUGGAAAUUGAAAACAAACUGCACAACAAAAUAGAAAAUGAAACAAUUCAUGAGGUUGAUGAAGCAGAUCUUAAAAGAGAACUGAAAGAGAAAAGUGAAGAAGUGAAAAUAUCAAUGUCAGAUUUCUUUGAGAAAGACAAAGAUAAAGAAAUACUGAUUCAGUGGAAAACUUCAUUUGAGAUAAAAAUCAAAGAGCUUCAAGAAAACAUUGUGAGAGAAACAAAAAGAAAAUUAAAUGAGAUUCUUCAACAGCGAGGUCUGAAGAAAGAGAUUGAUGCUCAGAAGACACAUCAUGAAAACACUCUCUUUGAAAAGAGCAAAACACUCGCCUUAAAACUAAAAGACAAAGCAAAUGAUGAAGAAACACUGAAGAAAGAGUUUGAUUGCUUUUGGGAACAGCAUGUGAAGAAGAUCAUCAGAGACACUCCUACAAUCAAAGACAUUGACAUAUUAAGAGAUGUGCAAAUACUCCUCAGCGACAUCAAUGAAAGUUCUCCUGUAGAUCACUUGACAGAGAACAGGGAUAUUUUCUCUGUCUCGAGUUAUUCAGAUUAUGUACGGUUAAAGAAAUCCAGUGGAAUUACAGGACCUGUUAGAAAUAUCAUCAGAGAAGCAAAAGAGAUGUUAGGUGUUGCUCUGUCUAAAGAGGAUGAAACACAAAUAAGAACAUUAGCCAAUGAAAUUGCUCAUGAGACAGACAAAAUGAUAAUGGCAUAUAACAUUUCAAAGAUGGGCUACAACAAAAGCUACAUUCAAGAACUCACAGACUAUAUAAAGUCAAGAAUCAUUGAUCAUCAGGAAAAGCCUGUAAAAUAUGUGUUCAAGAAUGAAUUCUUCAUGGAUUUGGUGUUUUCCAUCUAUAAGAGAUCAAACAAGACUUUCACUGACCAACACAAACUGUUCAGAGAAGCCAAUGAUCCUGUUCUCUACAUGGAGAAGAAGAGAGGAGAGUACUUCAGUGUUUUCCAGAAAUACUGUCGUGGUUCAACAUCAGCUGCUGUUUUUGGUGAGAUCAUCUGUCAGAAACUGAAAGAUCCCAUUGAACAGAGUGUCUACAAAAACACUGCCAGAGAUUUAGCAGAUGAAAUGAGAACAGACUGUGAAUCACUGAAUGGAAACAGAUCUAAACUGGAGAAACACAUCCUGAAGACACUGGCAAAAGAGGAGAACUUUGACAAAUACAUGAACUACAUUCAUAAUCCCAGAGAUCACUUCAAGAGUUUCAUCAGAGAUGAAGUCAGUCAGUACAUCACUGAUAAGUUCAGUGUCAGUGUUCGGCCCAAGAUGAUGAAGAACAUCAAACUCCUGCAGCAGAAGAUCAUGACAGCAGCUCAUGAAUCUACUGAACAUGUUCAAGUGAACAGUGGAGAUGAUGAAGCAGCUCAAGAAUCUACUGAACAUGUUCAAGUGAACAGUGGAGAUGUUGAAGCAGCUCAAGAAUCUACUGAACAUGUUCAAGUGAACAGUGGAGAUGUUGAAGCAGUUCAUGAAUCUACUGAACAUGAUCAAGUGAACAGUGGAGAUGUUGAAGCAGCUCAUGAAUCUACUGAACAUGUUCAAGUGAACAGUGGAGAUGUUGAAGCAGCUCAUGAAUCUACUGAACAUGUUCAAGUGAACAGUGGAGAUGUUGAUUUGUGGUUGAAGUGUUUCACACAGAAGCUCUCAGAUGUGCUGAUAUUCUCUAUAAAAGACUUCAGUGGAGUGAGUCAUGAUGAUGUUGAUAUCAAACUACUAGAAGAUGUGAUCAGAAAAGAACUUCCUCCAGUAAUAUCAGACAUAAGCAGUAAAUUCAGUACAGAGACUUUUCCAGUAAUUCUGGACUGUAAGUACAGACCAGAUGAGAUUCUGAUUGGUCACUUCUGUCAGUGCUGUUGGGUUCAAUGUCCUUUCUGUGGAGCAAUCUGCACCAACACAAUACCAAACCAUACUGUAGAUCACAGUGUUCCUGUCCAUCGAGUGGAUGGACUGAACGGAUGGCAUUAUGAAGGAACACGGGAUCUCUGUGCUGAUUUUUGUACAACUUUAGUGACAAGUAAUAAAAGAUUUAAAUCAUCAGAUAAGUCAUAUAAAUACAAAGAAUACAGAACAGCAGGAGGUGUUUAUGCUAACUGGAGCAUCACUCCUGACCUCUCUCAGCUGCCGUACUGGAUGUGGGUUGUGUGCAGAUUCAAGAAAGAUCUGGAAAAUUAUUAUGAUAAAAAGUUCCAGGGCUAUGGUCAGAUUCCAGAGAAGUGGAAGAAGCACUCAAAGCAAGAUGCUAUUGAGAGUCUGAAUAUAGUCAAAUAUAAAUGUCCCGGUUACAUAUAUUACAUAUGUAAGGAAUUAUUGACUCUGGUCCGUUGAAUUGUUGAAAAAUAAUGCACACCCGAGGUGGAUGCACAGCGGAGUGUGUGUGUGUGUGUGUGUGUGUGUGUGUGUCUGUGUCUGUGUGCAGAUGUGUGACAGAGCGUGUUUCAGAGAGAGCGUGUGUGUGUGUGUGUGUUUGUGAGAGAGUAUGUGUGUGUGUGCGUCGUCACUUGUUUAGUAAAUGUCACACGCCAUCUGGUGUUAAUUUAGCACCUCAGUAACUUAAUUAGCGCAUUCAUUUGCUCAUCUACAUAAGUCCUCCUCUAUCACAUUUGAGUUAUCUACAAGCUGAUGGUGACUGAGUUAAUGACGUCUCUAAUAGCAUCAGUUUCUCUGGGAUCAACUAACUGAAAUACAAUCUUUAGUGUUGUGCAUUUUUAAUCUCUUUGCUUUACAUUUUGUCUUUAUAUUAAUCUCAUUAACUGUUAAUCAAUAUUUUAUGAUUGUCUGUUAUUAUCUUUAUUUAAAUCAUCAUACUUAUUACAUGUAAAGUAAUGUAUGUUAUUUGAGGGGUGACUGAGGGUCUGUAAUAACAUUGAUUAUUCAUUUAGAGAAUAUGCAUUUUUAUUUUACUGCAUUUAUUCAUAAUGAUCAAUAAUAUUCAUAUAAUUAAUCAUCAAUUAACCACUUGAUUCACCAUUUAUUAAAUCAUAUAGAAUUGAGAGAUUUAUUAUUAUUUUACUUUCUUUCAUGCUUCAUUAAACCAUUGAUAUAUUUGAUAUUUCUAAUCAUUAAUGUUUUAGACGUAUAUUUUACAACCUUCAAGUUCUACUAAUGAAAUACUUUCAGAGUCGUCCUGUUUGGCUUUUGUUGUUUCUCGACUUGUUUUGCUCAAGUGUUUUGCAGAUGUUGAGGUCCUCAUUCCACAAACACGACCAGAAUAAAGUCUGCAGUGAAGAAAACUCACAAGAGACUCUGUCUAGAUCAUCUACAGUAGUUUUAUUCUUGUGUAAAGUUUAUUUUAACAUGUGACUCUAUUAUAGUGAAAUAACUGGAACUUCAGACACAUUCAGAAAAGUGUUCAUGACUGAUAGAUGACCUCUGACCCCUGCAUAUAAUCUACUAAACCUUAGAAUGAGAACAUGAUUAAUACAUCAUUAUUGUUCAUAAGAAGUCGGAUCUAGAAUAUUUCAUGUUCAGAAAAACUAAUAACAAUGACACUUUGAAUCAUAUUGUGCAUGUGACUAUAAUAACUGAAGUCUCUUUUGUUAACCAGCUCUUCUUCACUUCUAUUCUGUGCAUGUA